AUGUCGACCAGCACAUUUGCUACUUCCUGCACGCUGUUGGGCAAUGUUAGAACACAGGCCUCCCAAACAGCGGUGAAGAGCCCUUCAUCUCUAAGCUUCUUCAGCCAAGUUAUGAAGGUUCCAAGCCUGAAGACCUCCAUGAAACUCGAUGUCUCUGCGAUGGCUGUCUACAAGGUGAAGCUUGUCACUCCUGAAGGUCAAGAGCACGAGUUUGAUGCUCCAGAUGACACCUACAUCCUUGAUGCGGCCGAGACUGCCGGUGUGGAGUUGCCAUACUCGUGCCGUGCUGGGGCUUGCUCCACCUGUGCUGGCAAAAUUGAGUCUGGUGCGGUUGACCAGUCGGAUGGAUCCUUCCUUGAUGACGGGCAGCAGGAGGAGGGCUAUGUGCUGACAUGUGUCUCCUACCCAAAGUCCGACUGUGUCAUCCACACCCACAAGGAAGGUGACCUGUACUAG